AUGUCCGCUCCAACACCGGCCACACAGCCGGUCAAGACCAAAUCCAAAGCCUACUCUUCCACCGUGGCCAUCCAAGGCGAUGCAGCCAAGUACCGUCUGAAAUACAAGGAGCUCAAGAAAAAGGUGCGCGAGAUCGAAGUGGAAAACGACAAACUGCAUCUCAAGACGCUCGGCAUCAAGCGCAGCAUCCAACGCAUGCGGCUCGAGCGCGCCAUCCUAUACGAACGGCUCGAGGCCGAAUCUCAGGCCACGCCUGGUGUGGCAGCGUAUCCGCCUAUGCCUACGCAGCACUACGAUAUCGAGGCGCGUCACGACGAUUCGUACGCUGCUGCUGCUGGCGGUGGCGGUGGCGGCGGCGGCGUUUCGUCGUCGAGCGCAGCGAGAGUUGGCGCUGACGAGUAUCCCGCUUACGCCGGUUCCAGUGGUGGUGGCGACAGAAGUAGCGCAUAUCGUCAUCCGCAACCCGCUCCUGCUGCAGCCACUUCCAGAACACCGUACUCUUCCGCCUAUGACGACUAUCCACCACCACCUCCUCGGUCGCAUCCCAACCCAGCACCAUCCGCGCACGCACGCCCAUACGCCACAUCGUCAUCCUACGACUCACGACAUCAAUCUCCUCAACCUCCUCCGCUUCCCGCUUCAUCCAGCGGCGAGCGCGCAGAACGCCUCCGGCAGUACACAGAGAGUACCAGCCCUGAACCCGUUUCCGCCUCUCGGCGCGACGCGCGUGGCACCAGCCCACCCCUUACCGCACGCUCGCCAGUUGUUGUCGGCGCAGCCGAACCUCCGCUCCCCCCCGCCGCUCGCUCCAACAUCAAAGUCACGCUUCGUCGCGGCGCCUAA